AUUAUCGUCCACUUCUGCCAGAACACUUCUCCCUCGUCCAAGAAUCAUCGGAAUUUAUUGGCUAUUCGUCCGUGAAUUCAAUAUUAAUUUUCUCUCCUCCUCCUGUCGGUCUCGUCGUCGUUUGUUACUUCGCGUGCGAAAAUCGUCCACAACUACAACUCGUGGUGGUUUGCUACAACUAACUUCUUGCGAUUGCUUCUAAUCUUGCCAUUCUUGAUGUUUCAGGACCUCAACCCACCUUCAAAAGUAAAACCCAACACAUCACUCCUUCUACAUCUUCUUAUACGUAUGAUUUUUUCUAGCGAUUUACUUUCAAAGCUCUUGUACAAUAUGAUUGUUAGAAAUUUUGCGUACACAUCAUCAGAUGAUGUAGUUUCGACAUGCACGACACCGUUUUAAAAACUUCGACACGCCAAAACGAGUGUUGAAGCAAGACUCCACGACGAGGACGACCUGCAGCUUUGCUAUAGAGGACAACUACACAUCAGAAAGUAGAGCGGAGCGAAAAUAUGCGGCGGCAGGGCACCACCAGCUCGUCCUCUGGCGGUGCUGGCGAUAGGGAUCCUUCCUCUCACUUGUUUCAGGACAAUGGGAAAGAGGUAGUCUACAAUAGGACUUCAAAUGGAGCCGGUCAACACCCACACAGCACGGGCACUGCAGGCCGCACGACCAACCACACAUAUAAUAUCAACAACGCCAAUGGAGCAGGACAGCUACAGGAGGGGCCACAACUACAAAGUGCCCCAGGCACGAGCGGAAGUGACCGGAGUCAAGGAACGACAACAGGUCCAGGAUAUAAUACUACCUGCUACGCAGUGAACAAGAGGGCAACUUCUACGAUCAACCAGGACCUGGAGCUAGAGCAGUACAAUUUUGAUCACUCGUUGAUCGGCGCCAUAGCAAACUUCGGGACCGGAAGCAGGACGGCAAAUAGUGGUAAUUCCGCGUCCUCCUCUCACGUGGUAGACAUUGGUGGAAUUAUCCCACCUCCGCACGAAGUUGUAGAGACCGCCCCUAAUUGCGAUUAUAGCCGCAAUUUUUAUCCAGGAACAAUAGUGAAUGAGAGCGAUUUAUUUUACAACGACGCAGCAGCCGCACACGAAGAUCCUAGUGCACCACACCAGCAAGAAAUAUUCCAGUUUACCGCGUUCCAGGACUACAUGGUAACAACUACGCGGCCGAAAUCCAGCAAGAACGGCGUUAGCUUUUCCAGCACGCACACCGAGGGCUUCCACCGCAUGCCGCUGAAAUUUUCCGCUGCGAGUUUCAAGGCGGCGGCGGAAAAGGCCGGUCCCUUCGAGGGCUCCGCGGCCGAAGCCAAGGCCAAGGCGGAGGCCGCCGAGAAGGAAGCCGCUACAAAAGCAGGAGGAGGUGAGGCUGCUGCUGCACCAGCGGUUGUUCCGAAAGCGGCGAAAACCGCGCCGGCCGGGUUCGGUUUAAUGAAGGCAAAGGCUGCAGCAGGAACAGAAGCUGGUACAACAGCAGCAGAGACUGCUGCUGCUGCUGCUGCACCAAAAGCGGCCGCAGCACCUGCAGCAGGAGACGGAGCUGCGGUAAAACCAAAGGGGCUGGGUGGUUUACUCGGGAAAAAGGCAGCGCCCGCGGCCUUGGCGACCCCGGAAACGAGUCCCGCAGGCGUGGUGGAGAAUAAGGCAGCCAGCAAAGUCACGUUCGAUGUGGCGGAUACUAAAGGGGGAGAUAACGGAACAGCCAGUGCGGAUAGCUCAACAACUAUCCUGAGUAAAAACGUACCCACACCAGAGUCAGGAUGAGGAUUUUGCAACACAAACCUAGGAGUUUUGUGAGUCGCGCAUGACAAAAUGCACUAUGCAGUGUAGUGCAGGUUAGCAAGUGCAGCCGCGUCACAGAUUCAUCUGCUCAUCCUGUUCACAGCAUCACAAAUUCCAAAACACGAUUGGAAAUGGCUCUCAUGGGGAUGCGCAUUACAAGUCUUCCUGUCUUUGCAAAUCUGCAUUACAACUCUGGUGUGGGUACGUUUUUACUCAGGAUAACAACUAAUACACCCAAACCCAAGGGUCUGGGCGGUCUGUUCGGUAAGAAGGCUACGGCUAUUUCGCCCGAGGCAGGAGCUGCUGCCAACGGCGACGCAGCUACAGCGCCCGCCGCGGGUGGAGAAGAUAAUGGUACCACGACACCCAAAGCGGCUUCGAGCCCCCUACUUGGCGGCUUAGGAAAAGCAAAAUCCCCCGGCGCGGGGCUCGGCGGACUGCUGGGCGGAAAAGCCGGAGGACCAGCAGGAGAUGCGGCGAACGGCGCGGCGCCGAAAACGCCGGGCGCGGGGCUCGGCGGGCUGCUGGGCGGCAAGCCAAAGAGCGGAACGGGGGGAUUGUCCAUGACACAGCUGAUGAUGGCCAAAAAAACCGCGGCCAAAGUGAAGGAAAAGGCGAAGAGGCUCCGGGAGGAAAAGAUGGCGCACUUGAAGGCGCUGCCGCCCUUGCAGAAACCCAACCCGAUCGAGAGGAAAAAGAAGAUGCGGGACCCCGACGCCCGGGCCAGCAUGACCCCCAUCCAGAGAUUUGUUACCACCAAGGGGUUCGACGGCUCUAUCGGCCUGGCCAUCGCGCUCAACGUGCUGUUCAUGGGCUUCGAAUAUCAAUUGUCGGAGAAGGACGUUGAAAGCGACGAUAUACAGAUACUAAUUCUGGUAUAGAUAAACUACACUUGAUGUUACUUGAAUGAGGAUAACCAUAACAUCUUUGACCUUGCAGUGCAUAGUGAAGAUGAAGUUCAACAAGAAGUAGAAGAUUCAUUCCUGCUGCGACACGAGAUUCUUUGCAAGAACCCAUUUAUGAUCAUUUGAACAUGAGUCGAUGUCGGUCACUAUAAACGUUCACUUCGCUAUUUUGUACGUAGAGUCCUCUACUUCUGUUGAACAAACCACUCUACUAGGCAGUGACCUGCUUAAACCCUAAUGCAACGACCUAUCACUGCACAACUUGUAUACGCCUUUUGUUUUUCAUCUAAGUACCACUAUCGCUAGACUACACAAAAUCGAUCGGAGCGUAUCAACAAACCAAUCUGGACAUCAUCACAGGUAACGGAUCUUUUCUUCCUGGCGAUCUUUACCGGUGAGUUAGCUGCGCGCGUGACGGCUUUUGGGUGGCGUUUGAUGUUUUCCGAGCUCACCUACAUACUAGAUGUCGUGGUCGUCUUCACCGGGUUGAUUUCCGAGAUCAUCAUGCCGAUAGCCGCGGGGACGUUCAUGCAGCUCUCCACCAGUAACUCCCCGGUGCUCAACCUGGUCCGGUCCAUGCGCGCCCUCCGUGCGCUCCGUGUCCUCCGCGUGCUGACCAUGUUUGAGCAACUCUGGCACGUCGUGGAGCUCUUCUUUUUCUCCUUGACCCCGCUCGCCUGGGCGGUGGGCUUCAUCCUGGUGGUGAUUUUCCUGUUCGCGAUCUUCUCCAUCGUGCUCAUCGGCCGCGCGUCGAUGGGCGAUAGUCCGGAGGUGGUCACCGCGCAGCAGGACUUUUACACGACUUCCUAUCCUGAGCAAAAAUGUCCCCACCCCAGAGUUGUCAUGCAAAUCUGCAUGCCAAAAAAGUUUCUCAUGCGGAGCCCCAUGAGAGCCAUUUUCUAGUCGUGUUUCGGGAUUUGUGAUGCUAGAAUCAGAAUGACGUGCUAGAUCUGUGAUGCUACGGAACUACCUAAACAGGACUACACUACAAGGACAAAUUUGUCAUGCGAAACAACCAAAGCUGGUUGAUUUGUCUAGCAGAUCUCCCGUGCCCACUCUGGUGUGGGGACGUUUUUACACAGGAUACCUCCGAAGCCUUGAUUACGCUGUUCUCCAUCAUGACAUUAGACGGGUGGACGACCAGUACCAAACCUUUAUUCUCCGAGUACACGUGGACCUACUUCUGGUUUUUGUUCUUCAUCUCCAUCUAUCAAAUGCAAAAGUGUCUGGGUCUGGGAGAUUGCGAGAGUUGUCAUGCUAGUCUGGCAUGACUCUGAGCUGGUCGCGAACAGCUCCUCCUCCCACUCUCUGUCAUGCAAAAACGCAGUUUCUCAUGCGGUGUAAGCAACAACUCAGAACCAUGAAAAAAACUUGUCAUGCUUGGCAGCGCAACAUUAUAGUGAGUUCACUAUUCCCUAUCCCUUUCUUGCAUCACAGACCCAGACAUAUUUGCAAUGCAUACCAUCUCGGCCUUCUCGCUCAUGAACCUGAUCACGGUCACCGUCUUGGAGACCGCUCGGGCACAGCAGGUCUAUGCAAGAAAAAAACUGUGUAAGUGUAAAUUUGUGUUGCAGAACAUGCAACAGCGUUACACCUGUCAUGCCAGACAGCCAUGAAGUCCUCUCUUCGUGUGUGUUUUCCCUUACAAGCCACGCAUGACAGGUUUUCUGUGUCAUGUAGAGCAAAUUUGUGAUGCUGUUCCUCAAAGAAAGUUACACUUACACACUUUUUUUCCUGGAUAAGGUCCUGGUGCAGACCAACACGGAAAUCGACCUGAAGACGCAGGAAAUUGCGGAUUUGUUGGACUUUCCGGGAGAGGAGGAACAGACGACGAAGGAAUACUUCAUCGAAAACUGGCACAAAAACCGGGCGUUGAGGUUCUUUUUCAUACAUUUUUUGUACGAUAUGGAUUUGGAUAUUGAAAUUUUUCUUUACCGAUCGAUGCCCUACUACUUUUAGCUUAUAGUACAAGAACCCUAGUAAAAGGUUAGUAGUACUACUAGUAUCUAUUGCUCACACGAUCAAUUAAUCACCAAAAAAUCAUGUCAAAUUUAUUACUUCAAAACCCUCAGGCUACUGUUCGAGAAGCUGCACCUGAACGCGGCCGACGCCACGGGUUUCUUCGAGGCCCUGGAUAUCGACGGUAGCGGCGGUUUGGACCACUUCGAGUUGGCCACCACGUACAUGGAGCUCGUCUCCUCCGUGAUGCUAUCAAAUGCAAAUAUAUCUGGGUCUAACAACCGAAACUUGUAAUGCUGUGUUGGGAAUAGUGAAUGCUCUGUAAUGCCCAGCCAAGCAUGUGCAUGAGAAAUGUCUGCGCUUCGUUGCGUAGUUGCGUUUUUCGCAUGACAAACUGCGUUUUUGCAUGACAGACGAAAGGGUCUCUUCUUGGACAGCGCGCAUCAGAAACUUUUUGGUCAUCCCAGAGAAGCAUGACAAGUCUCGCAAUCUUCCAGACCCAGACACUUUUGCAUUUGAUAGAUGCACGCGCCGCACAACAUCGCGCUGAUCCGUUCCGUAUCCUGUGCAAAAGUAUCGUACUUGUAUUGCAAUCAUGCAUUACAAGUCUUGUUCUACUUAAGGUAAAUCGAAAUCCACAUUACAAAUUUUAUUUCUCAUGCUGAGGAAAUUUGUAAUGCAUUUAUGCGAGUGCGAUACUUUUGCAAUGCAUAUUCCGCCUGCGACCCGGCGGAGAAAUCCAAGUUGCUGAAAUCGACCAUGCUUCAGUCGCAGCAGGGGCGGUUCGUGGCGGAGUUCCGCGAGGCGCGGGCGGACGAGAAGCAGUUCCAGGACAAGCAGGACGCGGACCUGGCCGCGGAGCGGCAGAAGGCGCAGUCGGACCGAAACUUGAUGCGGCAGGAGCUGGAGAGUAUGCGCAAGGAGAUGACGGAACUGAAAGAGCUGAUCAAAGACCUGAAGGACGCCGGGCCGCCGGUGAUGCUUAUCAAAUGCAAAAAUGUCUGGAAACCUGUGAUGCUAAAAUGUGGAUGAUGGAAACAGUUCCGACUGCAGCCCAGCGUGACAACUUUCCAGAACGCUCUCUCAUAGGCGAUCCGCAUGAGAAACUGCGUUUUUGCAUGUGCAAAAAAGGCUGCGACUUUUGUUGGUUAUGCAACACAGAUUUUCUAGGUUUGGCAAGCUAGCAUUACAAGUUCCAACCAUCCAGACCCAGACAUUUUUGCAGCUGAUAAUGCCCGUGAAUCUGCAAAAACUCAUACGAGAGUCCGACACGGGGAACGAGGGAACCAACGAUUUACUGGAUCUCACCAUCGACUCCGUACCCGCGGGCGGACAAACAGGAGCAGCAGUUAUCAAAUGCAAAAAUGUCUGGGUUUGGAGGAAUGCAAGCUUGUCAUUCUUGUCUGGCAUGACUCGACGAUAUUAAUCUGUGUUGCAUAGGCACGAAAAGGCCCUCUACUUACCUGUCAUGCAAAAACGCAGUUUGUCAUGCGGAAUACGUAAGAAAUGGGAGCCAAGAAAUUUGUCAUGCAUACCAUAGCUGCGUAUUGCAGUGCGUCUACCAUUCACUUUUAGCAUUACAAGUUUCCAGACCCAGACAUAUUUGCAAUGCAUAGCUGUAGUUGCCUCACCAAAGAAGUCGCCAGCUGGGAAGAAAAAAUCACCAGGAGGAACGCCUAUCAAAUGCAAAUAUGUCUGGGUCUGGAGAAUACAAACUUGUGAUGCGCAUUUCAGAUCACAGAAAAAUCUCUCAUGCAUAGGCAGCAAAAAGUUUCCACUUUCUGUCACCAAAAUGGGGGAUUUGUCAUGCGGAUUCGGCAUCGCAAACGCUUUUCGAAACCUGUGAUGCUAGAGCUUCCAUGCCAGACUUUCUGUGUCAUGCAAAAACAGCAUGAGUCUUCCAGACCCAGACAUUUUUACAGUUGAUAACGCCGAAGAAAAAACCAAAGACGGCGGGGAAGAAGAAAAAGUCCAAGGGAAAUAACGGCGGUGCGACGGAUGGGGGAGCAACGAGCGGAAAGGACUCCGACGAUGAGAAGUGAGCAGUUCUUUGCAUCGACAGCAAGAACACGGCUGUGUUGAGGACUGAAAAGUACUUUGUAACAAACAAAAUUAAUUGAAGUACUGUCUGUCGCGCACAGAAGUUCUUGUGGUAAGUAGUCGUUCGUACCAGCAUUUUUGAUUUGACGCCUUUUUAUUUACUAUCUGACGCCUUUUUUAUUUACUAUUUGACACCUUUUUAUUUACUAUUUUGACCUUUUUUUUUUCUAACGAAUAAAUCACAUCAACAUAAUCAAGCAAAACCCGAAAAAGCAAUUCGAUGAAGGUCGCAAAGCUAAUAUCCCUCCUCCCCACGGGGGGUCGUGGUUUGGCGGCUACAGCAUUUUUCAGCAAGUCUGAUCUUCGCAGACGGUGACGUAACAAAAUCACAACCCUUUUUCAGAUUCUAGAAACUCACAACUUCACAAGAACCACAACCCCGCACCGCCCAAAAAACCUCGAGAAUGGUGACACUUCAUCUUGCGGACGACGACUUCUCAAACAAGAGACGAGCGGCGCAGAAGUUAGGAGUCGGUGGAUUCUAUCUACAUGCGCGGCUGCUCGUCGUGCCUGCUCCCGAGCAAGAUGGAGUACUAAAGUCACCAUUUUCAUCUUCGUAAAAUACGACACCAGUAGUACCCCUGAAAGAUUUUUUACCUGCCUAAUAGAUCAUACUUGUGAGGAGAAUCAAAGUACACUAAGAAUACUAUGUGGAUUUUUACCGGUCUUGUUGAAGCACAGGACCUGUUUUUACAUCAACCCCGCGCGGCGCUGUCUAGGAUAGGACCUCAUCCUACAAGACAAGAAAAAUCUUGACAUUUCUCUUUUUUUUUCGCUUUUUUUCCUCCUUGUCUAU